UCCAGCAUGGACAUCAGAAGCUUCUUUGGCAAACAAUCAUCUGGCAAACCAGCACCUAGUAAAGAAACUAGCCGCCCAAAAAAGAAGCGAUUGGUGAUCUCUGAUUCUGACGAUGAUGACAUUAUUGAACUUCCUGUUAAGAAACAGAAAACAGGGCCAUCCAUUUCAAAGUUUAGCUCUCCUGAAGUUAAGAAGAAAGCAGCUGCUCCAAUAGACUUCUUUGGUUCCUCGAAGGUCAAAAAAGACCCAAAGCCAGUUGUAAAAAAGGUUGACAGGCCAUCAAAUAAUAUCACAGAAAAUGAUAUCUCAGCUAUAGAUAUUGACGAUUUCUCGGAUGAAGAUCCUUCAUUUAAGAAAACUUUGGAUACAUUAGACAAGAAGAAACAGAAGGAGAACGUUACGCCUGGAACAUCACCGAAGGUGUCAGAAAGUUUAGCAGAGAAACUGUCACAGAAAAAGAAAGUAAUGAGUUGGAAAGAAAAGAUUGGUCAGCCGGAGAAAAAGUCCAGUACAGAAGAAGACCCAGUAACACCUAGUAGAAAACGACCAAGAUCUGAUGAGAGACCGAAAUCGAAAAGUGAUGAGAAAACUUUGGGAAAAGUAUCAAAUGAGGGUGAAAUUAGUGCUGACAAAAAUGAAGAUACAGUACAAAGUAAAGCAAACAGUUCCGGGUACUGGCAAUAUAAAAACAGAGAGGGACCCAAAAAUCUGGGCAGCAAGGAAAUACCUGAGGGAGCACCCAACUGUUUGGAGGGAUUAACGUUUGUGAUAUCAGGAGUGUUGGAUAGUAUCGAGCGGGACGAGGCUACCAAUAUGGUAAAGAAAUACGGUGGCAGAGUCACAUCUGCUGUCAGCAAGAAAACUAACUAUCUGUUGAAGGGUGACGGUGUCGGUGCUAAGAAGCUGGAAACAGCUGAGAAGUUCAACACAACACAGAUUAACGAAGAUGGAUUCCUGGAUCUGAUUCGCUCUAAACCUGCAAAGAAGAGUUCCUAUGACAUUAAGGUUGAACAAGAAGCAGCUCAAGAAUUGAAGAAAAAACCGAAAACUGAAAUCAUCAAACCAGAAGUGAAACGUGAACCUCUUACCACUGCAACUGCUAAAUCACAUUCUGAGAAACAUGACGUAAAGAAAGAGAGUAUAAACACUGAAACAAAAAUAAAAACAGAACUCCUCAAACCUUCAACUGAUUCUGUGAAAAUGUCGUCGGCUGGUACGAUAAGCUGGACGGAGAAAUACAGACCGACUAGAGUUAAGGAUAUCAUUGGACAGCAAGGGGCUAAGAGUAAUGUCAACAAACUCUUGAAGUGGCUCAAGAAUUGGGAAGGAUGGAAUAAGCCGAGAGUAAAGGCUCCCUUCAACAAAGAGGAAGGUUGUCAUCUGAAAGCAGCUCUGUUAUCUGGUCCUCCAGGUUUAGGGAAGACUACAUCCGCCACCGUAUGCUCCAAGGAACUAGGAUUUAGCUACUUGGAGCUGAAUGCGAGCGAUGCGAGAAGCAAGAAGUCCAUCAAAGAGCACGUGGCUGAAGUUCUCAACAAUCAUACUAUUCGUGGACUUACUGAAAGAGGAGCUGAUGGAGAUAGGCAUGUGUUAAUUAUGGAUGAAGUGGAUGGAAUGGCGGGAAAUGAGGACAGAGGAGGGGUUGCUGAGCUGAUAGCACUGAUUAAAACUACCCGUAUUCCUAUAAUAUGUAUCUGCAAUGACAGGAACCAUCAGAAGAUCAGAAGUUUGGCUAACCAUUGUUUCGACCUCCGAUUUUACAAACCACGAGUAGAACAAGUGAAAGGAGCAAUGAUGAGUAUAGCGUUUAAGGAAGGACUAAGAGUGCCUCCUCCGGCCAUGCAGAAAAUAGUGGAGGGAGCUAACAGCGAUAUCAGACAGAUUCUAAACCAUUUAGCAGUGUGGACAGCUGGCAGCAAAACCAUAUCUUACGAACAGGCUGGAAAAGAUGCUGAAAGUGCCAGGAAAGAUAUGAAUAUCGGAAUCUUCGACAUUCCUAGGCUGUUUUUCUCAGCCGGUGAAGAAACAAGAAAAUACACAUACGCUGAUUACACUGACCUCUUCUUCCAGGACUACAGUAUGACACCGUUCUUUAUCCACGAGAACUACCCCCGGAGCAGACCAAUGCGGGCCCACAAUAACGCUCUAUCCGCGCUGAUUUGCCUGAGUAACGCAGCUGACAGUGUCUGUACCGGGGACCAGGUCAACUCUGCCAUCAAGAUGCAGAACUGGUCUCUUUUACCCACACAGUCUCAUUUCUCUGCUAUUAUGCCGUGUUAUUACAUGAGAGGAGGUUUGUCCGGCAUGACGCAGUUCCCUCAGGUUCUUGGACAAACCAGCAAGAAAAACAGAUGUGACGGUAUGCUACAAGAUCUGCUGUCCCACAUGGUGCUGAACGUUAGUACGGAUAAGAGGCAGCUGGGUAUGGAGUACUUGCCUCUUCUCAAGAACAAACUGGUUUCUCCUCUAUUGGAUAAAGAAUCUGAGGGUGUGUCAGAGGUAAUAUCCACAAUGAACCAGUACGACCUCCAGAGGGAAGACUGGGACAGUAUAAUGGAACUAUCAACCUUCUCGCCUCACCCUAACCCUGCUGCUAACCUCAAUACUAAAACCAAAUCAGCCUUUACUCGGCAAUUUAACAAAGGGAGCCACAUGACUCCAUAUGCGCUGGAGAGCGCGGCUGCUAAAAAAAAGAAAGUUAAAGCGGUUAGCACAGAUGAUGUUAAAACUGAAGAUAACGCUGAGUCUGAAGAAGAGGGGGAGGAUGUUAUGAUUAAAAAAUCAGCCGCGAAGAAAUCAGCAGCUAAGAAGCCAGCAGCUAAGAAACCGGCUGCUAAAAAGAAACCGGCAGCUAAGAAAACAGCGAGUGGAAAGCAUCCAGCCAAGAAAUCAUCAUGAUUAGAUGGAAUUGGAUAGGUUUCAUCCUUGUAAGGUGAUUCCAUUAUUUAUGAUAGUGGGUGGAUAUGCUGACUUAGGGAGAAUGGAGAUUG